AUGAGUGACUCAGGCCGCGUUUCCCCGGAGGCAUUUUUGAAAGUGGUUCCUCCUUUGUUUGAGGCCGCCAACCAGUCGAAACAAUCUAUACAUCUGUCCAUAAAGAGGCUGGUAGAAAGAAAUCUGAUAGAGGGAAAUGACGAGUUCAAUGCAUCAGAAUUACCACUUUCAGAUGUUUCCAUGAAAUCCCAAUUCACAGAAGUACCUCAAGGGGCUAGAAACAAACAAUACGACGUUCUGGUGCGAAUCAAAAAGGGCCAUGGUGAUUCUGUGUCCAAACACUCUACAGUGGUAAAAGCCGACCAACUUGACAAGUUUUGGAAAGACUACUCAUCUGCGAUAAAAGGCGGUAUGAUUGGCUUGGUAAAGAAAAAAAGAACAAGAACAAGAAGGUCAGGAAGUCUGCGAGGAAAUGAACGAAUAGAAUGUUCAAGAAAAUGGCAAUCGGCCCGGAAAUUUUUGCAUUGA